AAAAAAAAAAAAAAAAAAAAAAUCACAGCCCCGUGGAGCUGGCGCUCUCUCAUUCAGUUUUCUAGAGAGAUCUGAGCCGGAACCCGGGAGCCGGGAGAUCUUUCUCGCUCACACAGCUCAGCAGCAAGGACAUCUACAGGGGGAAAAAAGCCGCCCCACGCAGCCCCACGGCAGCUGCCGGCGCUGUGCAGUAAGUGGUGGAGUAAACAACACUUUCCUUUGGAUGGAUUAUAGUACAUGUGAACUGCCUGUUACUCUGCAAGAAUAAAAAAAGCCCUUUGCUUUUACUUGUUAAAUAUCAGCUCGAUAGCAAAAAGCAUCUGAAUGGCUUGUGCUCUCAGCGGACCAUCAGUUGAAUGGGAUCAGCACUUCUACUAAAAUAUCUGAAGUUAAGGAUUUGGAAAAGAGGUUUUUGCAGAGAUGACCCAUUUACAAGCUGGACUUAGUCCAGAGACUAUAGAGAAAGCCCGCCUGGAACUGAAUGAAAACCCAGACAUUUUGCACCAGGAUAUCCAGCAAGUCAGAGACAUGAUCAUCACGAGGCCUGACAUUGGGUUUUUACGUACAGAUGAUGCCUUCAUCUUGAGAUUUCUCCGAGCCAGAAAGUUUCACCAAACUGAGGCCUUCAGACUGCUGGCUCAGUACUUCCAAUACCGCCAAUUAAAUCUGGAUAUGUUCAAAAACUUCAAGGCUGAUGAUCCAGGAAUCAAACGGGCUCUGACAGACGGGUUUCCAGGAGUACUGGAAAAUCGCGACCACUGUGGCAGGAAGAUUCUUCUGCUUUUUGCAGCCAACUGGGAUCAGAGUAGGAACUCCUUUAUAGAUAUCCUUCGGGCUAUUCUACUUUCCUUGGAAGUGCUCAUUGAAGAUCAGGAGCUUCAGAUAAAUGGCUUCAUUCUAAUUAUAGACUGGAGCAACUUCUCCUUCAAGCAAGCCUCCAAGCUUACACCAUCUAUCCUCAAACUGGCCAUUGAAGGGUUACAGGACAGCUUUCCUGCACGUUUUGGAGGAGUCCAUUUUGUCAAUCAGCCCUGGUACAUCCAUGCCCUGUACACGCUAAUCAAACCAUUCCUCAAAGACAAGACAAGGAAAAGGAUCUUUCUUCACGGCAACAACCUGAACAGCCUUCACCAGCUAAUACACCCCGAAUGCCUGCCGUCUGAAUUUGGGGGGACUCUGCCUCCCUAUGACAUGGGGACAUGGGCUCGAACACUACUGGGUCCCGACUACAGCGAUGAGAAUGAGUACACCCACACCUCCUACAACGCCAUGCACGUCAAGCACACCUCCUCCAACCUGGAGCGGGAGGCCUCGCCCAAACCCAUGAAAAGGUCCCAGUCUGUGGUGGAAGCUGGCACACUGAAACACGAAGACCAGGGGGAAAGUGAGAACACCCAGCCGCUGCUGGCUCUGGACUGAGCUCUCACAAGCCCCACGGAGAUCCAUGAACAGAAUUCCACCAUAGCAGAACCCCACGGAGCACAGCACACCCAGGCACACGCACGCACACACGCGUUCCGCUUGACAACAAGCCCUUCGUGUUUCCUGACCAAGCAACAACUGUCACCAGCCAUCUGUCCCCGCGGCCAGCGCUGAACAGGAACUGAGACACUUCCACUGACACAGCACUCCGUCCACAUACACAGAAUUGGAUUUCUUUUCUUUUUCCUCUGACUUGUGACAUUAAAAUAUUGGAAAUGGUGGGACUGCAUUCUCUGUUUAAAGAAAAACCAGGGUGUGUUAAUAGUGUUCCUGAAGACUCCAUCAGGGAUGUUCAUUUUAUAGGAGUGAAGGUUGCAAGAGUUUUAAAGAAAAGCAUCUCAAAUUUAAACUUUAUGCUGUAAUCAGCAAGUGUAAUCUGGGUUAGAGGGCAGAAUAAUCAGCAUCUAUAGAGUACUUGAGUUUCACAGAAGUUUUUUGCAUUUAAAAAACAACCCCAGUGCCAGCAUAAUGCCAUUCAACAUGACACUUUGUGACUGCCUCAUCCAUGCAGCUUAUAUGGGGGUCACAUUUCAGUAUUUAGAAAAAAUUGCUCUUAACUUUUGAAGCCCUUCUAAAACUGCCAGCUAAGUGGAAUGAGCUGUGUGAGCAGCAGAACCACACAAUUUGAAAUGCAAUUAUUUUAUUUUAAUAAUGAUUACAAUUUCCACAGGCAACUUAGGAGCCUAUAAGACACGUGCAUGUGCAUAUGAGUGCACAUGUGAAGGGGGUGGUUCUAGGGAGAUACACUGGACAAAUUCAGCAGUGAUUAAUGGUUCAAUCCAGAUUGUUUCCUUUAGGUCACAACAGCAAAUGAAAUCUCUGCAGAGCCAUUUACUCCCUUCCCUCUUGCAGUCAGGGAAAACUGUAGCCAGAAAGGUAUCCUGAUUGCAGAUGAAGGCCAUAGUUAAAAUGAAAAAGGAAAACUUAGAAUUAAUUAUUCAGUACAAAUUUCUGCUAGAAGGAAAUGUUGAAGAAUGGAAGAACUGAAAUGCCAAAGAUCAGUUUGUUAUAUCUCUGUUUGCUCUAGCUGCAAAGAGAGUACCAUUACUUCAUUGAAACAGAAACCAGAUUAAAGAAAUAAAACAACAAUCGUUAUCAAAUUGCAUGUGCAGUGACUUUAUUUCCUAAAACAGCUACAAUCACUGUACACACUUUAAAUGUUCAAUUAAAUUGCCAUACAUUGACAAUUUACUAGAACAAGCAGGAAACAAUAUAUCAAAGGUAGCAGUGUAAACCAUCCAUACAAAAUGAGAUGAUAAUGGGAACAAGGGUUUUUAAUGUGCACUGGAACAACCACUGAAUUCUCAAGUGUUAGGCUGAAGUGAUGACACAGUUCAAGUGGACAUGGCCAGCCCUAACAGAUGGACUAACAAAAUACUGCCUUUAUCUACAACAUCUAAUGCCUGCACAGGGCAGAAAGGCCAUCCUGCCAGAUCCUAUCAACACAUCUGGGAUUUACCCACGAGUUUUUGUACAGAAUAAUCUCACUCAGACUAACCUUUUAUGCAGCAACAUGUCAUUGAUAUAGAGCCUGGCCUCCAUGGUAGAGAGCCAGCCUUUAAGGCUGUGGAUGGUCCCAGCAAGGCAACACAGGAGGCAGAAAAAGAAGCAGAAGCUUGCAGGAACAUUAAAAAAAUAGGAUGACUGAGCCCUUUUAUCUUUGGGGUGUCUUCCAUCCUCCUCCACAUGACAUCAUCAUCACCUAUUUCAGGAAACAAGGAUGUCAAGGUCUGGUAGCAUCUCCUUUCUCUUCCCUGGGCUCACAGAGACUAAAGCAGAAAGUAAAAGCCCAAAGAGACAAAAAAAGACAGACAUUUGCUAUUAUACUGCAGCAUUGAGGAAGAAAUACUUUGGUUUGUGAUUUUUCUCUGUUAAUAUUCUUACACCCACUGCCACUGAAUCUUUGUGAUGAUCUGUUACAAUCACUGUUCAUUAAAGUGGGUCUUGUCCUGCCCAAGAAGUGCAAAUUACACUGAAAUCUAGUCCUUGAGGAUCAAACCUCGCAAAGGAUUAAUGACUUACUUUCUUUAACUGUGAUAUUAAUAAAUACAUAUGAUGCUUUGU